CAUUCCUGGACUUUCGAGUCCCACGGAGGGGAGGAACUCCACGAGGACAGGGCGGCGACACCCCGUCUUGUUGGCAUCGACGGACGGAUGAAGAAGCUGCUCAGUUGGCUCCUGUACGCCGGCACUAGACUGAGAAUCUUAUCGAUUUUUGGAUCGGGUGGGAUCGGUAAGACUGCUCUUGCCAUGGAGCUCCAACGACGUCAAUCACAGCACCACCAAACUCAUGUGUACCACAUUUCUGCCGCGGUGUCCCUGUCCAAAAUCAGGUCGUUUCUCUGUUACAUCUACCAGCAGAUCACAGGCCGAACAAUUCGAGAAAUGGAAACUGCAGAUACAAAACUUCUGAUUCUCCGGAUCCGGGAGAACUUGCAACCCAAGAGGUACUUCAUUUUGAUUGAUGAUUUACGGGAUGCUUCAGUUUGGGGAAUAAUCAAGCAUGUGUUUCCGGAUAAUAACUGGAGCUCUAGAAUAGUAAUUACAACCCGCCUCGGAAGUGUAGCCCGAAGUUGUUGCUCUGAUCUUGAUGGGAUUGUAUACAAGUUGAAGCCUUUAAAUGAGUCAGACUCAACACAGUUGCUCAUGACAACAGCAUUUGGUUCAGUGAAGGAUGUUUGCCUACCAGAGGGCAGCAGGGACCUGAUCUUGAGGAGUUGUAAUGGUAUACCGCUGUUAAUAACUGCUUUUGCUGACAACAUAAAGGAACAGCUGCAAACGGCAGCGCCGAAUAGCUAUGGGCAAUCGCCCGGGUUCAGUGGGCGGACUGCAGAACUUCAUAGCGUGGAAGAAGGCCCACAGCUACCUGACCAAGUCCGGUGCGCACUAACCCGUAUCUGCAGGGACCUUCCUGUUGAGUUGAUGACAUUGUUACAGUACAUGAGAAUGUUUCCACGUGGAUACAUGUUCGAGAAGGAUUAUCUUGUCAUGAAAUGGAUGGCCAAAGGGCUCACCCAUAGUGAGGGAGAAGCGGAGUGCCAUUUCUCCGAGCUGGUCGAUAGGAAUAUCUUCACCCUGGUACUACCAACCGGGGAGCACAAUCUUGAUGAAGCUGAGCCCUGCCGAUGGCAGGUCAACAAUCUUAUGCUACAGUUCAUUUCUUCCACAACAAGAAGGCCAGCUUUUGUUUUUACUGGAGACAUGCUCACCAGCUUAGAACCACCAACCAUAAGGCCCUCCAGUGAGCUUUGUAUGCCACGGUUGGUGGCUCUCCACUCUCCCGAGCCAGAUAUCCAAGGGCUGAUGCACACAAUUGACUGGGGUGAGAAUGUUCGGUCGCUAGCUGUAUCAGGCAUAGUGGACCAGGUACCUCUGAACAAGUUUAACUAUCUGGUGAUGCUGGAUUUGGAGGACUGGAAGAACUUAAAGGAUGAGGACUUGUUGCAGAUAUGCAACAGCAAAAUGUAUCUACUGAGGUACCUGAGCGUCAGGAAGACUCAGAUCAGCAAGCUCCCGCCGCAAAUCAAGGAACUUUGCGGUCUGAGGACAUUGGAUGUGAGUCACACGCAGAUAAGUGAGCUCCCGUCACAAGCAUUCGAGCUAGACCAUUUGAUCAAAUUGGACCUAAGAAGCACAAAGAUAGGAAAGUUGUCAGAGAAAGUUGUGGGGCUACAAAAGCUUCAAUACCUUCUUGUUGGUGGUGAUACAACCCUCAGUUUAAUCAAAUAUCCUCUGAGCUUCACGGCAGCUCUUGGUGACCUAGCCUGCCUUAGGGUGCUUACAAUAACUUGCUCUUUUCAGCAGUGCGCUGACGAGGCCUACCAGGACGUGUGGCUGUCAUCCGUGAAGAAAUGGAGGCAGCUCGAGUCUUUGACUAUACAUUGCGGGCUCGGCAGUUCCAUGGAGUUCCUGCAGGGUUUAACGUCUGAUCCACCAGAGAAACUUCAGAAACUUAAGGUAACAAAUGGAAGAUUUGUUAGUGUUCCCCAGUGGAUCAAGAGGCUAGAACACCUGUCUUUCCUACAAAUCACAAUCUGCAAACUAGCAGCAGACGAACUGACAAUCCUUAAGGACUUGCCUAAAUUGAAAAGCCUUGUACUAGGCUUGGAGUUCAUUCCACGAGAAAAGAUAGUUUUUGAAAGUGAGGGGUUCAACGAGCUUUUGGAAUUCUCCGUGGAAUGCCCAGUUCCGUGGCUGACUUUCAGACAAGGAGCUAUGCCAAAGCUCGAAUUCCUUCAACUGAAACUGUGCUCAGGCCCAGCAGCAAGACGAGAUAGUGUUCCCUCUGGAAUACGCAACCUCCGAAGUAUAACUGAUCUAGACCUCUGUUACAACCAAAAAUGGUGCCACAACAGUAGCAGUGUCAAGAUGACGGUCGAGGCAGUGAAGGAAGAGGUUGCCAAGCAUCGCAAACCAAUCUCCCUCGUCAUCAAUGGCACCGUACAUGAUGUCAUUGUGCUUCAAGAAUAUGAUUACCUCCUGAGACGUCUGGCAAGUGACUUCAUUCCAGAGAUUUGAUUUUCCAGGAUUUCAUGGUUGGACAGAAUGGUAAGUGAAACUAGCAAGCUGGCCUGUGCAAUCAUAGUUUUUUUUAUCAAUCUUUAUGUUAUUUUUUAUAGAUGCAAAUAAUUUUUUGAAUUGUGUCAUUGUAAUUGUUUUUCCAGAUGGUAUAAACUGCGGUAUCAUCUAUAUUUUUAAUCA